AUGUAUUGGCUCCCCAAUAAGGACUGCUUCAAAUUUCAGGUCAAUUUUGAGAUACCACCUAGUUUCACCAAAAGGACGAUCCUGUCGAGCAUAGCGAGGCUGUUCGACCCACUAGGUCUCAUCGCCCCAGUCAUCAUCUCGGGAAAGUUAAUAUUGAAGGAGGUAACCAUGGAUAAGAAAAUGCAGGACAACGGCGCUAGGACGGCUCUAGAUUGGGACGAUGAGGUUCCUAAGGUUCUAGCGGAACGGUUGCAAGCAUUUCGGGACGGCUUGCUGGGGAUCGACGGUCUGAGCAUACAGCAGUGGAUUCACUAUUCUCCAGGAUCCAUAGUAUCAGCUCAGCUUCACGCGUUUUGUGACGGGUCUUCCACAUCCUAUGCAGCUACUACUUAUCUAAGGCUCGAGCACGGAGAUGAAACGUUCUACGCCUCGCUGUUGGCCGCAAAAUCAAAGAUUACCCCUACUAAACCCCUAACCAUACCAAGAACGGAGCUGAGUGGUGCAGUGCUAUCCGUCAAGUUGGUGAAAUGGCUUACAAGGGCUAGAUGGCUAAAUGACCUUCCCAUCCAGACCUUUUAUUGGACGGAUGCCACGAUUCUUCUUCAUUGGCUGCACGGGGACGUAAAUAGAAGGAAGAUGUUUGUCGCCAACAGGGUCUUCAUUUUGGACCACUCGUCGCCAUCGCAAUGGAGACAUGUAAGUACUAGCGAGAAUCCAGCGGACUGUGCGACAAGAGGGCUUCCUCCGAGCGAGCUGAAGGACUUUGAUUUGUGGUGGCGAGGUCCGGAGUGGCUUACACGCAGGACAGGUGACUGGCCUUCGACGGAGAUCGGGCAGGUCGACAUAAACGAUGCCGCGCUGGAGGCAAAGGCAGACAAGGUACGCCUUCAUCUUGCAGCUCUGCAACCAUCGUUGGUUGAGAGGUUUUCCAGUUUCAGCCAGGCUGUGAGAGUCACAGCAUUUAUAAUUCCGUUCAAAAGCAAUGCUAUUAGCAAAGGAGAGAGGUGUACCGGACCCCUAAUCAUUGAGGAGCUCGACUAUGCUUUACUCGUCACCGUGCGCAUCGUUCAAAGGGAGUCCUUCGCAUCUGAGCUGGCCACAUUGAGGAAUUCUAAACGGCUGCCCUCCAGAAGCAAACUUCAGAAGCUAGUAAUACGGUAUUGGCAUGCUUUGACUCUGCACGGAGGUGCGCAGCUGACCUUGUUCCACGCUCGCCAGCGGUUCUGGAUACUGACAGGGAGACAAGCAGUUCGAAGGGUGCUACGGAAGUGCGUGAGGUGCUUUCGCACCCGGCCAACCACCUCGACUCAGCUCAUGGGAGACCUGCCGCUACACAGGGUCAACCCCCUUAACCGACCGUUCCUGGCGACGGGAGUUGACUACACAGGCGCUAUAGAGCUGAAGGCAGCGCGCUUGAGAGGAACAAGCUUCUACAAGGGAUACAUCGCCGUUUUUAUUUGUCUUGCGACGAAGGCUGUACACUUGGAGGCGGUGACGGGUCUCACCACGGAGCAUUUCUUACUGGCUCUUGACCGGUUCACCGGGCGACGAGGGAUGGUUCAACAUUUAUACAGUGACAACGGAACAAACUAUAUCGGCGCGGAUAAUCUAAUGAAGGCAUUAUUCGGAAGGCUGCAGGAGGAUUACGAGAAGCUCAUAGCCCCAAAGCUCGCUGCGCAGCGUGCCACUUGGCAUUUUAAUCCACCUCAAUCGCCCAACUUUGGCGGGCUGUGGGAGGCCAAUGUGAAGUCGGUGAAGCAUUACCUUAAGAGGAAGCAUGCCUCGCGCCCGCUGUGCCCUCUCACAGCCGAUGCUGACGAUCUAGAGGUGCUCACGCCGGCUCAUUUUCGAAUUGGAGACUUCAUGUUGGCGCCUCCGGAGUAUAGACCGCAGUCCAAGUCCUUCGCAGAGCAGUUUCUUAGCCAGCAGUUAAUGAUCCGCCAUUUCUGGAAGGCUUGGAGUCGAAACUGGCUAGCUCAUCUGCAGCAGAGACCGAAGUGGUGUCAUGAGGCUGAAGGUUUGCAGCUGAACGACUUUGUCAUCAUCAAGGAUGACCGAUUUCCGCCGUCACAAUGGCUGUUAGGACGGGUCGUCGAGUUACACCCAGGGACGGAUGCAUUCUGCCCCGCCUACUACUCCAAGAAUGGACUGGACACGCGGAGAGGUCUAGCAGUGGCGGGCGGCCAGUUUUGCUGCGUGUCCCACUGUGCGGGAGAGUGA